AUGUACACUGCCGGACUCGCACCCUUUUAUGCUUCCAACUUCAGUCUGUGGUCGGCGGCAUAUUGUACCCCGGCGGGCCCCGGCGCUGGCGGCUGUUUCUCCUUGGAUCCUUCGGGGCUCAAGAAACCGUCUUUCUGCAUCGCGGACAUCUUACACGCUGCCGCAGGAGAAAUCUCUGUUGAGGGCCUGCCCGGAGGAACCUCGGCCAAUCUGGCCUCCCAUUUAGGUGGAAUCCAUGCCCAUGCACAGUACCACGGCGCCGCUUCCCCGCUCAGACCGACACCCAUGGUGGCCCCGGACACUUCAGUCGCCUUCGCCACGCGGCUGUCACCUCUCUCGGCUCCCUACCACACCUCUCAUCCUCAGCACCAGCGCUCUCCCACAGGGGGCUCCGGCGGAGGUGCACGAACCCCGGGCGGAGGGCAAAGCCGCCAGACCCACCCUGGCUCUGCAGCCGCCCCCUCUAGCAAAGACUUGAAAUUUGGGAUUGAUCGCAUUUUGUCUGCCGAGUUCGACCCGAAACUGAAGGAGAGCAACACUCUGAGAGAUCUGACCUCUUUAUUAACCGCCAGCCGCCCAAGCGGGGUUCAUAUCCCCACCUUACAGCCUCCGUCGGGCCAGUUCUUCACGUCUCUAGAACCCAUUAACGAGACUUCUGGGGUCCUGGGACACUUAAACACAACCCCAAGGAAUUCCGUUCAGCACCAGUUUCAAGACACUUUUCCAGGUCCGUAUGCGGUGCUUACGAAAGACACGCUGCCUCAGACCUACAAACGGAAACGCUCGUGGUCUCGGGCGGUUUUUUCUAAUCUCCAAAGAAAAGGAUUGGAGAAACGCUUCGAGAUCCAGAAAUAUGUCACCAAACCGGACAGAAAACAAUUGGCCGCCAUGUUAGGGCUCACAGAUGCUCAAGUGAAAGUGUGGUUCCAGAACCGGCGCAUGAAGUGGCGACACUCCAAAGAGGCGCAGGCGCAGAAAGACAAAGAGAAGGAGCCGGCGGAGAAAGUGGCUGCAGCCGGAGCGGGUCUGGGGCCCGGGCCAGCAGGCGAAGGUGAGCUCGAGCGCAGCCCGAGCCGCUCGGAAGGCGACAGUGACAGCAGCGAGGCAGAAUCCCUGGAUCUGGAGCUCGGCAGCGACGCGGAACGGACUGAGCCGGGAGCUGCCCCCGAUCAGGCCGGGCAGCGGCACAUCUCGGAGCUGCACCCACCCGCCGGUUUGGAGACCGCUGCUCACUCCGAGCCGCCACCGCCGCCUCCCCCUCUCCCAGGCCUGGAGCAAGGCCGAGAGCCUUUGCGGUGCCCCGAGUCUUCGUUUUGUCUGCGGGACUCUCCGUGA